AUGACUUCCUCCUUACUUAAACUAGCUAGCUCUACCACGGGCUUAACGAGUAUCGUAGCAAAAUGUUCACCUGUGCUGGUAUCGCAGCUUCAUAGUUCGGCCCCCCUGUGUCGGGUUGUUUCGGGAAAGUAUAGAAUCACCAAGAAACGUGAUAGACCUCUUACUUAUGAAAUGGCGAACCCACCUCACUACAUCGCUCAUCGUAAAUCAUGGAACUCUUGGAAUACAUCUUCUCUGAAGGAUGGGCUCCGUCGUUCAGAAACAGUUGUAGAAGACGAAUUCAUUAGAAGAUUUAUGACUGGAACAUGGCAUGGACUCGUUUGUAGUGAGGUUAUAAUCAAGCGUCAAUUUAAUCACAUCCGAGUGGCAGCCAUCAUCAGGCGUGCGGUCUCUCCAACCAAGAUGUACUUCCUUCUUGGAUACUCGGAAGAAUUACUAGCAAAUUGGUUACAGUGUCCUGUCACUUUAGAACUCCAGACUGUGGAGAGUUUCAAAGACGUUGUGUUCAAAUAUAUUUAA